AUGCCAAUUGAAGAUUUCUCCCAAUUAGCAGAUGAACUAGUUACCUGCUACGCGCAAGGUGUCCUAGAAAAAGCCCGUCAGACGGCUCGGAAUCAUGUUCGGAUUGGCGACCAGAAUUCCCGACUCAUUCAGUCUAUCUCGUCUAUCAGCAACCAAAUGCAACGGUACCAAGAGCCAGAAUCGCUAGACGCUGCGUUGGACGCCAUUGACUUGGCCAAAAUAUACGAAGGUGUAGACAAGCGGGAAAAAGACGCUGCCAAUGGCUCAUCCAAAGACGUUUUGGGCUACGAAGAUUAUAUAGUGUUGGAGACAUUAGGCUACUUCAAGAAUGAUUUCUUCCGGUGGGUGAAUAGUCCGAAGUGUGGCAAAUGUGGCCAGGAUGGUAGCAACAUGGAGUUUCGGCGGUCUGAGGGCCCUCCGACGCCGAACCCGGACGAAAUCAGCCGUGUGGAGGUGCAUCACUGUAAAACUUGUAACGAGGACGCAACAUUCCCCCGCUACAACAGCCCGGUGAAGUUACUAGAAACACGAGAAGGCAGGUGUGGCGAAUGGGUCAAUUGUUUCAUGCUUAUUCUACUGGCGGUGCUUGGAUCUACGGCAAACAUCAGGUAUGUGUGGAAUCAUGAAGACCAUGUAUGGUGCGAGUAUUACAGCGAGAAGCAGAAACGUUGGAUCCAUUUGGACCCAUGCGAAAAUGUAUUUGAUGAGCCUUCGCUCUAUUGCGAGAACUGGGGCAAGAAGAUGAGCUGGGUGUUGGCAGUCAGCGACGUCAAUAUCGCCGACGUUUCUGAUAAGUAUAUCACCAAGGAGGACAAAAAGAUCGCCAAGCUGAGCGUGGCAAACGAGAAGGAGGUGCUAGAGUACAUCCACUGGGCACAAGAGAAGCUCUUAGUGAGAUACUGGGAUCAGAAAAUCGACCCGUUUCUGUUAUCUACCCACGAUAAACUAGCCAAGUUAUAUGUGGAGAUUGUCAAGCGAAACGACCGGCCCACUCGUACCAGUGGGUCUACGCCUACCCCUGCGGCGACAGAAAGAGGCCGACAAUCUGGAAAAGGAGAGUGGACCAAAUCACGAGGAGAAGAUGGAAACAAGUAG